AUGUUAGAAUUAAACAGUAUUUGUCAGGCGGUGAGAACGAGACGAGAAUCAAAGAUAAGUCGAUUAUUCCUGAUUCUAUUGUUCGUAUAUAUAUAUAUUAUUUUGACUCGGUACAAAGACGACAAGGUACAAAGACACGAACUAGCCCUACCGAACAAACGUGUAGUCCAAUCGUUUCUGAUAAAUCGCGAUUAUGUUCUAAUCGUCCUUGGUCCUUUGCCCCGCAGGACGAGCCAAAGGGUCACGUGAUCCGCUUAGGAGACCGCAGUGGAGAGUCAGUGAAUUGUCCUCUGACCAAAUUUCUUAAGAGUCUGUUUGAAACGACAGGACGAGUCGGACAUAGUUUCGCGCUACAGAUCUCGGACAACCGACGCAAACGAGAAACGCAUGAAAAUUGCAAGAAAGACAGCGAUUGUACCAAAGGACAGGUCUGCAUUUGGUAUGCAGUGAGUACCUUUGUUCAUUUAGGUGUUUCAUAAUGACGAGUGAAUGGACUACGUCUUUUUCACUAUUUUCACUAUUUCGAUAUAUUUCGAUAUAUUUUUCUACACAGUCAAGGGACAUCGAAAAGACGGUUCUUUGA